UUUAAUGGGUAUUUCAAAACUUGGAUUUCUGUUUAAAAAGUACAGAACAGUCAUAAUAUUUCCAACUAUAAUAUUUAGUCUCAUAUUUGCCGAUUUACAUCAUACGCAUAAGUGGAAGCAAAGUCAAGCUGCACAAAAUCAACUUAAUUAAAUGAUAUAAAAAUGGUGAAAAUCAAUUACGCUAAACAGUACCUAUUAUUCACCGUUCCAUUAGUUUUCUAUUUAAUUGGCCGAAAAUUGGAUCACCUGGAAGAUGAAAGAUUAUCAAUGUUUAGAGAUAAAUCAGCUCUUUAUAAAAGAGCAACUCCACCCGAAGUACCAUCCUGGUAGUAGUUAUACUCGAUGCAGUUUUAAUAAUCAU